AUGGAUUUAGAAGUAGGAAGAUUAGAACCUAACGAAAAGAAAAAGAUUGACCUUUUAUUGCUGGGUAAAGUUUACAAUGAGUUAGCCAAAAAUAAUUUAAAAGAGUAUAAAAAGUUAACUGGUGAUAAUGUUAAAGUAAAACAUUUAAGCCUAAUUUUAAAAGAUGACAAAAGUAAACAAUUAGAAACUUUACUCACUGAACACACAGAGUUAGAAAAAGAUCACCAAACCAAAACUCAAGCAAUCAGAAAAUCAUCCAAUGAACGCAAACAACUCUUAAAUAUCGCUUCCUACUCCCGCGAAGUAGCCCAAGAAGAAACCCGCUUAACUACUAACUCCACCACUCACAACCCUAGAAUGAAAAAUUUUCUCGGAACAGAUAAUCUUUACAAAAUCAAGAUUAACAACUCCGAGAUAGAAACAACAGAAGAACAAAUUAUCAACACCAUCGCUUACCUAGUCCAAGCCCUCAAAAAAAUAGAUAAAGAUGAUUUCACCGCUAAGUAUAAUGCCAAGGAGACUGAUAGCAGUAAACAAACCAAGGUAAAAAAUUAUUUAACCAAUAUUCAAACACAGGAGAUAAUUGUCGGCAGCAAUACUUACGACUUCGCUCAUACUUACCACAAAUAUGAUAAAAGUAGUAAUACCUGGACGGCUUGCACUGCCCCGAUUUUUAACUAUCAAGAAUUCUUUGAGUUCAUAGAAUUAACUCACAACCAACCAUUUUUAAAAGAUUUAGAUGCUGACAAGCAAAAAAAUAUUCCGACCGGAGGAAGUGAAGCCUAUUCAACCGAACAAUUAAAAGAUUACGGAAUUAAUAUUGACCCUGCUAAAACCACUCUUUAUAAAACCGAUUCAGAAAAGCAAACCCUAGCAGUCGGAACAGGAAUUGGCGAAAGUCUAACCAGUAUCCAAGCAGCAAAAGACCAAUUAGAAAUGGAAAAACUGGGAGCAGCAGUAAAGUUGGUGGAAUUAAAAAAAACAAUUGAGGAUAAAAAAAAAGAAAGAGACACUAAACAAGUUGAAAUCCAAGUUAAAGAAACCCAAAUUGACACCCUGAUUAGGGAGAUUUUGAGUAAAAAACGCGAGCAAUUAGCCACUUAUAAUAUCAGCAAAGGCUUCGCUAAAACUGCCAGUGAGGACAAUAGACGUGAUAUAAUGGAAUUGCUUGACCUGAACCAAUUACUUUUAGAAAUCAGAUAUUUAGAAAAUGAUGGGGAUGCUACCACUCUUAGUUCAGUGGCCGAUGAAAAUACCGCUCUAACUGCCGUUGAGGAUAUUAUAACUAAACUUUAUUCUUGUGAUGGUGAUUGUAAAUUAGUAGAACGCUUUUAUAGUUUUGCCUUUGUUGGCGGUGAUAGUAAAUUGGAUGCUGCCCAAGCCAUUGCUUACAUUAAGGCCGGUAAAUAUACCAAUAGUGAAGAAUUGGAAGCCAAAACUGCAAUUGAAAAAGCCCUCAAUGAAAAAGAUAAUGCUGAAGAAAAGUUAAGCCCAGACCAUAAAGUCAAACCUGAAUUCUUGGAAGAAAUUAAGCAGUCGGAUGCUACUUUAGUAGAUUUAAAAACUCUAUUAGGCAAAGAACCCAAGGAAAUUAUCACCCUCAUUGCCCGUUUUACUUAUAACCAACUAGAUGAUGGUGCUGCGAAUGAGAAAGAUAAAAAGAAGACCCAAAUGAAACGGAGAAUAGCGAAAAAGUUGAAUAAAACUAAAGAAAGCGAACUUAAAGAGGAGGAAUUGAAUGAUAGUCUUUAUAA